GCCUCAUUCUGACCGAUAAAGAUUUCAAGAAACAACAACGUACGAGAAAUGUUUAACCAAUCCAGCUCUGUCUCGUUACUAUACGUAGUUGAAAUCGCCAAAACUACACAAAACGUAGACGUCACUUGGUCCAAAACCAAGUCAUCACAUUCCUUGACCAUCAAAAUCGAGAAUCUCAAAGACGAGCAACAGAAUCAUCAUCAACCGGUGAAGAUAGAUCUUUCAGGUUCUUCGUUUUGGGCCAAAAAAGGUCUCAAGAGUUUAGAAGCUAACGGGGCUAGGGUCGACGUAUACUGGGAUUUUCGUCAAGCCAAAUUCUCAAACUUCCCUGAACCUUCUUCUGGCUUCUACGUCUCUCUCGUAUCCCAAAACGCAACCAUUUUAACGAUCGGGGAUUUAAAGAACGAAGCUUUGAAGAGGACAAAGAAGAACCCUUCGGCCACAGAAGCUGCCUUGGUCUCCAAGCAAGAACACGUCCACGGAAAACGCGUUUUCUACACGCGGACGGCGUUUGGUGGUGGAGAGUCGCGUCGGGAGAACGAGGUGGUGAUCGAGACAUCUCUGUCGGGUCCUAGCGAUCCAGAGAUGUGGAUCACGGUGGACGGCGUGCCAGCGAUUAGGAUAAUGAAUUUGAAUUGGAGAUUUAGAGGGAAUGAGGUUGUGACUGUGAGUGAUGGUGUUUCUUUGGAGAUCUUUUGGGACGUUCAUGAUUGGCUGUUUGAAACCUCUGGUUCGUCUAGUGGUUUGUUUGUUUUCAAGCCUAAAGCUGGAUUCGAAUCUAAAAGUCUUAGCUUUAAUGGUCGCUAUGGUGAUGGUGAAGGUGAGGAUCAUGAUGUGGAAGAUGACGAUUCGUCGCCCAAGUAUUGUCAUGUUCUGUAUGCCGUCAAAGUUUAAAUAAAAAAUUUGGGGAAGAGUUUUUUUUUUUUUUAAAUAUGUUUCAAAGAACUAGAAUUUCCAUGUCAAAUUUUUUAGUUUCGUCAGCUAGUUAAUUAUAUAGCAUAUAGUUGGACUUGUUUCUAUAUGCCGGUUAGUUAUACAAAACAAAUUGAACUUUUGUAA